GUCCUACCAUUGUGCGUAAAGUCGUAUGUAAUGUUCUAUAUCCAAGUAAGGGUGCUCUGCCUGAUAAUACUCUUUUGAGAUUUCUGGCAGCGUAUAGCAUCUAAAAGAGAAGCAUUUCGGCGUUGAUGCGACUCGACUGAACUGCCAGGAUCAGAAAUAAAAAUGGAUUUAAAUCUAGCGACAGCAGGUAGCAUUGCUGCUUUCUCCGUGGAUAUGCUCGUCUAUCCCCUGGAUACCAUAAAAACGAGGUACCAGAGCGCACCUAAGGGUAUUAGUCUACUCUCUAUAUCAUACAGAAAUCUCUACGCUGGCGUUGGACCAGUCGUUGCAGCUACUCUACCUUCGGCGGCUGUCUUCUUCACAACGUAUGAGCAAUUAGGAGGCUUACUACGAAAAUCUACUUCUUUCUCUGCCCCUAUUACUCAAAUAAUCGCUAGUAACAUUGCCGAAUGUGCAAGUUGUGCUGUAUUAGCACCGGCUGAGCUAAUCAAGCAGAAUGCUCAGGUGGAGAAUAAGGAAAACACAGCAACCCUUACAAGAAGGCUGUUUAGAAGGGAGAACAUACGGACACUUCUGGCUGGUUAUCGUGCACUUGUUUUCCGUAACCUGCCGUUUACUACCGUACAAUGGCCAAUUUAUGAGCAUUUCAAGAAGCUAUUCAGAAGUAAAGACUUCUCUAGGGGUCAAGCGGCUGGCAUGGCCGCUAUGAUUGCUGGUACAGCUGCUAGUACAGCCACCACCCCUGUGGAUGUCGUAAAAACACGCAUCAUGAUUCAAAACCAGAAAAGUGGAGGUGUUUGGAGUACUACCAAGGAUGUAAUAUCCAGUGAUGGUGUUAAAGGUUUAUUUAGAGGUGGUCUACUUCGUUCUAGUUGGGCUGCACUCGGUGCUGGCGUCUAUUUGGGUUCAUUUGAGAAGGCAAAAGAGAGCCUUGGCAAGGACUAAUAAACUAUGAAAAUAUAACGAUCUGUAUUAUAUGCAUGCUCUAUAUAUAGCUCUGUAUAUCAUUCUAUACUUACAUUGCGACUUCAUCCGCAUUGUCUAACUCUUUGUGGACUGUCAAAUGAGCGUCAUCAGACCAACUGAGAAGGUAUCCUUGGUUGUUACUGUUCAUAAUUGCUUUGGUGACGGAUGUGUUUGAUAAGCUCGAAGGUUUAACGCCCUCUGCAAGCUUGAAUUGCAUCUUGUUAAGUAAAACCUGCCUAAGGAAAACAGAGAGGAGUGCACCAUGGCUAACAACCGCUAUAGCCUUAUCUCCAGGUAAUUGAGACAACGGUUUGAUAAUUUCAUCGUAAAAGUCUAAACAACGAGUGUACAUCUCGUCUAAACUUUCGACACCCUCUAGAUGACCGUGCCUUUCUUCUCUCGAGAGUGUAUGUCCUUGAUACUUUCCGAAUGAUCUCUCGCGUAGGCGUGCAUCCUUGACUAACUUCGUAGAUGUAUGAUGGGAGGCUAAGAUGGUUGCUGUCUCGUAUGUCCUGCUCAGAUCACUGGUGUAUAAUAUAUCAAAUUUUGCACCCCUAAAUCUAUUAGCUAGGAGCGUAGAUUGAAGUCUUCCAUUAUCGUUGAGUGGUAUAUCUAGCUGACCUUGUACUCUCCCUGUGAUAUUAUACUCUGUUUCUCCGUGCCUAAUGAACUCAAUUGUGAGCAUUUUUUGUUUAAGCUUGCUAGUAGCUUCCUCGAUUGUUGGUUGAUUGA